AUGGCGAGCAACAAUUCUGGACUCGGCUUAGUGAAAAACAACCACUCUUUGACCAACGGCGAUAAUAAUAGCAGUUUUAUUACCCCGAACAACGAACUCUCAGGACCUGGUCUACUCAGAAUUGGGAAAUACAAAUUUAGAGCAAGGACAGAUGAUCUACCACAAGAUUGGUGGGUUGCAUCAACGGCUUUUCCUCUCAUUGCUGCGACAAUUGGACCGUUGGCAAACGUUUUGUCCAUUUCCGCUCUGGUCACGAAAUGGAGGGCUGAUUUACCUAAUGAUGGUCAAUUACCAUUCGGUGCGGAUGAAAAUGGGGUCGGCAUACCUGAUCCAGAAUGUCGCAUUGCCGCUAUCGAUAAUCUUCUGGUACCUAUCAACUGGCAUCGUAUCUUAGUCGCCAUGGAUGUAUACGUUCCCCCUAUUCGCCCUGGUCAAACUUGGUCCCAAGGAUUUUGGUCCGCGGUCAUGGCAGCUUCAUUAUAUCUGAUUGGGUCAAUGGUUCUAAUGGUAAACAUGCUCGGCUACUUCCUUGGGCAUUAUCCACAACAUUUUGAACUCGACGAUGACCAGAGGACUCUCAUCUUACAAACCAUGAUGUUCUUCAUAUGGCUAGCUGGUGGAGCUGGAAUCUAUCAGAAGGUCUGUGGUUUUAAAUACGCUGAUGCUCUUUACUUCUGUGAUGUCACAAUUUUGACCGUUGGCUUCGGAGAUUUCGUACCCAAUAAUAAUCUAGGCCGGGGCCUUCUUUUUCCAUAUGCUGUCAUUGGUAUCAUAUUCCUUGGUCUUAUGAUCAACAGUUUGCGCAGGUUCGCAUCAGGUAUGUCACAGGACAAGAUCUUCAAGCAUCAUGCGAUGCGUCAGCAACAGGAAACCUUUGGUCGCUCGGUCACAAAUGAGAAGGAAAUUCGUGACCGUCUCGGAUUACCUCCUAGAUCCGACACACGUCGACGUAGUGCGGUUGAGAACUCUUCUGGAGCUCCUCAAUCAGGUCUAGCCCGUCGAUCUUCGUUAGAUAAAUAUGGUCAUUUCGAUGUUCAAGGUCAAACAAUUACUUUCCAUCAAAAAAAAGUCCAUUCAUACAGUGGUCGAGGGGGAGCUGUCCGAUCACGCAAUUCCCUUCCUCUUAGCCGCGACGCUAAGCUCCAAAAACGGGCGGAUAACAAGUCUCCGCGUGUGAAGCAUGCUAAGCGUCGAGAGAAAUUGAUUCUACUUCGAGAAGAAAAGGACCGUUUUGAUGCUAUGCGUGAAAUUCAGAGUAAUGUCCGAAAAUUCAAGCAAUACUACGCACUGUCCAUGUCCAUAUUCGCCUUCUCCAUCCUGUGGUGCGGCGGUGCGACUGUGUUCUGGAAAGCCGAAAAACGUGAACAAAAUUUGACAUACUUUGAGGCUUUAUACUUCUGCUACGUGUCACUUCUAACUAUUGGGUAUGGCGAUUUUGCACCUAAAUCAAACGCGGGAAAGCCCUUCUUUGUUGUUUGGUCUCUAAUUGCGAUACCCACAAUGACAAUCCUCAUCUCAGAUAUGAGUUCUACCGUCAUAGCAGCCAUUAACCGUGGUACAUUUACACUUGCCGAUUGGACAAUUAUGCCCAAGGCGGGAGUCUGGCAUGACUUUCUGAUGAAUCAUCCGAAAUUACACGAAUGGUUAUCCAGGAAGACGAAAGAACGAGAAGCUAAACAGCGUAUCCGUCAUGGGUUUGAAGUGCAAAACCCAGAUGAUCGACAAAUAUCCAUAAGCAACGACGCCGAACUAGAACCCGAGUCUCCUUCUCUUGGCCAGGUCAUUGAGGAUGUCGAAGGAUCUGCUGAAUACACGGAACAUGAUCUAGCCCGGAAAUUGGCAACAGCCAUCAAACGCGUUGCGAAUGAUUUGCGAGCAGAAAAACCCAAAAAAUAUAGUUAUGAGGAAUGGGUAGAGUUUACGCGGUUAAUCAGAUUUAGUGCGCAUAAUGCAAAGGAUGUAGAAAAGGAAGAGGAUGAUGAGGGAUUAGUCGAGUGGGAUUGGAUUGGGGAGGAUAGCCCGAUGCUGGCAGAUGUUAGCGAGAGUGAGUGGGUAUUGGACCGGCUUUGUGAGAGUUUGAAUAGAUAUACUAGGCGUCAAGGCAGGGCUUCCCGACAAGAACAAAAGGAGAUGAAAAGGUUACAAGAAGUAGAGAAAAAGCAUCUUCAUCGGGAGGCGCAUCACAAUAUGCAUUAUCCAGCACAUCCUGGACCGAGAACACCAAAUUCGAACUUGAGAAGGAAUUCCUUGCCAAGUGAUGGCGAGAAUAGCACAAAUUUACAAGCUGCUUCGAUUUCUGAUCGAAAGAAUGAUGAUGAGAAAAAUUUCAAUGGGGAAAAUGAAGGAGUAAAGCGUCAUAUGGUCUUCAUUGAUGAUAUUGACGAGAAAGUAGGAAGUGAAAUAUUCCCCAACAAUAGCGAGAAUGGAAGUGGUAGUGGAAGUGGAAAUCUUUCCCAGCUAAUUUCGGAUGUCUCUAGAAGCGGAAACGAGGAUAAAGAUAGGGAUGCAAUUGGGGAUUUCGUAGAUCAUGCAGAGAUAAAAUCUUGA